AUGCCCGUCUCCUGGCUAAAGAGGAGGGCGGAGGUCACCUCCAGCAAACCCCGCCCCGGGGAACGGACAGACCGAGCCGGGAGCUUCCGCCUGGCUCUCACCCCAGCUCCAGCUUCUCUGGCUGCAGGGAAAACUUUCGACCCUCUUACCGGGAGUCAGAGCCAAGCGGCUCUUGCAACUGGCCGCAGGCACCCGAACCGGCAUUUUCCUUCCGACCAACGGCAGGAGCCGGGUGGCCGGCGGUCUCCACGGCAACGGCACCGCGCCGGGGCACGUGACGCGACCAAGUCUCGCGGGCGGAGAAACAUGUUCCGCAAGGAAUCUAAAAUAACUGAAAAUGAUUCCAGGAAGACUGAAGAAAAAGUUACAGAAGUCAAAACAGCUCCAACAAACACUGAGCAAGCAACUUCCCAGCCUUCUCUUCGGAAAAGUACAACAAAACCAACACCUUCCACUGAAGAAUCAAAGUCCCAGGAAGGAAGUGAGGCUAUCCCUGAACUGUUAUUUCAGGAGCAUGAAUCAAGUAUAUGCAUCGUGCAAGAACCAAUGGAAGAAGAAAAUGAAUUUAACAAUUCACUCAGUAGUGAAUGUGAGCAACAACCAACCGUCUUUACCAGUGAUUUUGCCGAUGCACAGCUCCAGAGUUUGGUGAUACGUAUGCGGGAAAGGGCAUCUUUGUACAAAGAAAAAUUGUUUGAUCAGGAUGGCUCUUCCUCAGACGAAACUCUACCAGCCACACCUGUCAAAAAACCACCUCCACCAAAGGAAGACAAAGAUAAAAAGGAGGAAGAGAAACCAGAAGAGGAAAAAGAUGAGGCCAAAGUGGAGGAGGAAAUUUGCUGUGACAUGAUUGGCUGUAAAUUCAAGAGGCCUCCAAUCAAAAAGUUUCUACAGCAGUUAAGAAUACCUAAAAGUAUUGAUACAUAUUCAGAUCAGCUUUACACAGUAUGGAUGUGUUUUGUGGUGCUUGCCUGGAAACUGGAACUGCUGGUUAUUCCCAUGCGCUGGGCUUUCAAGUAUCAGACACCACAGCUUCUUUCCAUCUGGUUAACUGUAGAUUAUAUCUGUGAUUUCAUCUAUCUGCUGGAUAUGUUGGUGUUCCAGGUCCGACUGCAGUUUGUGAAACAGGGAGACAUAAUAACUGAUAAAAUUGAAAUGAGAAAACACUAUGUAAAAUCAUUAAAAUUCAAGCUUGAUCUUGCAUCAAUAAUCCCGUUUGAUUUGUUAUAUUUGCUGCUUGGUUAUAAUCCCCUGUUUCGGCUAAAUCGUGUACUUAAGUAUUCAAUCUUCUUUGAAUUCAAUAAUCAACUGGAGUCCAUAAUGAAAAAAGCUUAUCGUUACAGAAUUGCCCGGACAAUAGGAUAUCUGCUUUUCCUCUUGCACAUAAAUGCUUGUUUAUAUUACUGGGCUUCAGAUUUUGAAGGCAUAGGCAGCAAUAAAUGGGUCUACAAUGGCAAAGGAAACAGGUACCUGAGGUGUUACUAUUGGGCAGUCCGGACUUUGAUUACAAUUGGUGGUAUUCCUGAACCAGUCACUGUCUUUGAACUAGUCUUUCAGGGGUGCAAUUAUUUCACAGGUGUCUUUGUGUUCUCCAGCUUACUUGGUCAGAUGCGUGAUAUUAUAGGAGCAGCUACUGCAGGCCAGACGUACUACCAAACAUCUUUGGAUAACACAGUUGCAUAUUUGAAUAUAUAUUCAGUUUCAAGAUAUAUACAAAAUCGUGUACAUAAAUGGUAUGAAUACACUUGGGAAUCACAAGGCCAGCUGGAUGUGUCUGAGAUGAUGGAAGAUUUGCCAGUAAAGAUGCAACUGGCCAUUGCAAUUGAUCAAAACUAUGAGAUAGUCAGCAAGGUUGAUCUGUUUAAGGAUUGUGACAAAGAGAUGAUAUAUGAUAUACUGCUCAGGCUGAAAUCAGUUGUCUAUUUGCCUGGUGACUUUGUAUGCAAGAAGGGAGAUAUAGGCAAAGAAAUGUUCAUCAUCAAGUCGGGACAGGUCCAAGUGCUUGGUGGACCAGAUGGUAAAAAAAUUCUGGUGACCUUGAAGGCUGGAUCUGUAUUUGGGGAAAUCAGUCUUCUAGCUGCUGCUGGAGGCAAUCGACGCACUGCCAAUGUGGUUGCCAGUGGAUUCACAAACUUGUUUAUUUUAAACAAAAAGACUCUGAACGAAAUUCUGGUAUAUUAUCCAGAUUCCCAGAAGAUCCUUAAGAAAAAAGCCAAGUAA